GUCUCGCGCCAGUCGUCGCCGCGUAUCGCUCGAGAUCGGCACGUUGAACGUCGCGUACGCGCACGAGACAACGCGAGACGUCGCGCGAAAAGCACGAGAUAACGAUCCGCGAGUCGGCGCGCGCCUUCUUACCGCGGCCUUCGCUUGUCUCUCUUCCUCUUGCGGCUGGCAGCAGCGGUCACGGCGCGCGCGUGCACAGCGUUGCGCAGCGGAUACCAGACGCUCAUUGGACAAGGGUACGCUGGGAAAUACGCGCGCGAUUAGAAGCAGCGGAGAGGAGAAGCGGGCGCGGAAAUUCCAGAAAACGGGACAAGCAGUUUCCUCGGCUGCGGACUGAGAACGGAGAGACAGAGAAAAAGGAAGAAAGAGAAAAACGCCAGAAAAAAAGAGAGAGAGAGAGAGAGAUACAAAGGCCGAUGAUGCGGCGGUGGUGAUAUCGAGUCGCCGGCUCGACAAAAAUUGCGACCUGAGAUAAAGAGCUCGCGAGUGUACGCCCGGUAUUGGAGCCGCGUGUGUACAGAUUCUUUCUCUCUCUCUCUCUCUCUCUCUCUCUCUCUCGCACGUCAGACUUUAUUCCGAUCGCGAGUGUUCCUCGGGGUGCGAAGUGCGCCGUGUGCGCAAAUGUGCAAUCGUGUGCGUGCGGGGCCGAAUCGUUCGCGGAAUCGCAAACGAGGCCCGUCCGUCUGACAUCUUGGAGAGAAAUCGUCGUGGUGUCGCGCAACCAAUUUUCGAGCAAUUCGCAUCGCUCGGCUGCCAAGAGGUCUGCCGGAGACUUGCCGAAAUUGUUUUCGCGCUCGCACUUGGCACGUAAUUUCGCGCGACUGCGAGAGAUGCAAGCGAGAAAGUGAGAGUGAGAUAGGGGGAGAAAAAAGAAAGAGCGAGAGAGAAACAAGAAAGAGAGAAAGAAAGAGAGAGAGAGAGUCACCGAUGAGAACAUCCGACUCGUAUCUCCUCAAAACAAGAUAGAGGCGGUGGCUGACGAGAUACUAACGAAAUACAUAUUGGCGGAGAGGCGAACUUGGCCGUUACCGUCCUAGGAUAAGAGCAGCGCGCGCUCCGCGGAGACGAGCCAGAAGACGAAGGUGCGAACGGGGGAAUAAGUUUCGCGCAAUCUCUCUCGGUGUGGCGACGAUUGUACCGAAGAAGCCCGCGGGAGGGUGAGAGGGACGCGGAGAUAUGGAAACUGCGUGAAGCGCGGAAUGUCGACGCGAUGUGAUAAGAAUCGCGAAUCGCUGAAUCGAGGUCGACGCAAAAAGUGUCCUCUCGAGAGCGCAAACGUCCGUUUCCCGGUUCGCGCUUUUCGGAGCAUUCUUGCGAGCGAAGGGUCGCUCGCUCGCGCGCCCUCGAUGCGCGACCCUGCGAUUAUUUGACGAAUUCGUGAACGAGCGUCGACGAGGAACUUCGUGAAAGUGUCCCGCAGCUGAGGCUGCAACGCCAUCGCCUCCACGUACAAAGGAAACGCCCGAGAUUCACGGACACGAUUCUCCUUAGGCAAUCCACCAUAUAUUACACGAAGCUAGGGGAAACCCAGAUACAGGAAACAUGGCGAAUCCCAGUCGAGUUUCUUCAAUACGGAUCGAGAAGCGGGCGCUGCAGCGCGUCUCGAUUCCGGAUUAUUCAUCAGUGAGCUCCCUGGAGGAGGACUACGGAUCCACCGAGUCCGAGGACAUGUCCACCAGCCCGGACACAUCUUACCGUUCGAGCGCGGACGCGGACAAGAACUUCGAUCUCGACGAGGACUUUUGCAAGGAGCUGGUCAAGUUCGACGAUAUCAUCGAGAAAAUCGAGAACCUGCGGUUGUCGCGCAACAUCGGCAACCACGACGACGACGACAACGACGGCGACGAGGACGAGGACGACGAAUACUGUAACAAGAACGUCGGCAAGACGUCACGUCGCGUCACCAACGGCAACGUGGAUAAUGUGGAGUAUCGGGACACCGGCGAGUUGCGGACGAAUCGUCAGACCGACAACGAGGACAUCAACAACAAUGAAGGUAACGUGACGGUUGAAAAGAGCGAGGACCGUCAGCCGUUAAGCACACACGAGCUAAGCGACGAAGAACGACGUCGUGCGCUACAGGAGAACCAAGACUCCGAGGACGAGAACGAGGGAGUUGAACACCAGCCCGAGAAUUCCGACGACUCCGACCUGAUCGAGCGUGGUCCGAUCAAGCCAGACUUCCAGCCCCCCCGAGGACACCCUUACUCCAUGGUAAGCUGGCUGUCGCGUCCGAACGACAACGCUGACAUCGCCCAAGCGAUGGACUACGACAAGACCGCCGAGCAGAUUCUAAGGAACAAGGAUUACAGUGAGAAAUUGAACGGAGCGCUGGACCAACUGUCGAACUCUGCUCGGAACCAGUUGUCAAUCGGCGCAAUCGUCGGCAGUCUAACGAUAGACUCCGGCUGGGCAAGCGAAAACAGCGACGACAACGUCUUCCGCAACGACGAGCCCGGCGGCGACACCGCGGCACUUCCCUCCAUAGUCGUGAAUGACCCAGGCGAGGAGUCCUUGAUGGACAUCCUGUCGCGCGGCGGUUUUCAAGCCGCGGUGCUCUCGGACACCGGUAGCCACUCGAUUCCGUCGCCGGGAGCGAAAACUUGGUCGGAUUCGCCGGCGAGCAGCUACAACUACGUCGUCUCGAGGUCGAACAGUCGUGCGUCGAGUCGUGCGCAAUCACCUGGCUCCGGCGCGAACCUGGAGUCGCCGCAGAUGCACGUCAACGUGAUCGACAGCCCGCUUGGCUCACCGCAGGUCACGCCGACUUAUCGAGUGCCACAGGCGUUGUCCUCUUCGUCCUCGUCCAACCAGUCCUACGGCGACGCGUCCAGCCCGUCCAACUACCAGACACCCUUGAAUUAUCAGAUCGAGGAGCAGCUCGGCGACUGCUUCGACGCUCUGUCCGGCUGGAAGGAGACCUACGACUCCUCAGGGACGAUCGUCAACAGCAGCGACACCAUCGACUGCGCGCUACUCCAGCUAGUGGAACAAGUGAUCGAGGAGGACAAGCAGCGGAAGGCGCUGAAGGAGCCGCAGAUCGCUUCGAACGCGCCCUGCUUCCCAUCGACGUACAACGGCCUGUGCGCGCCACCGCGCACCUUGCAACAGAACAAUCCCGCGGAGUGCGCGGCGAAAGACAAGCCGGAGAACUGCGGCCUGAGCAUGCCAAACACGAACCCCAUGGUCCGCAGCCUGAUGGACGGCAGUCUCGUGUCGGUCUACACGACGAAGGAGGGCACCGGCGGCUGCACCUUCGUCAAACGCGCGCUCAACGGCCACGUGCAAAUCGCACCCCCGGAGCAGAGGUAUUACGAGCCGAGCGUGAAAGUCGACACUCAGCUCGACGUGUCGCAGCAGCACAACACAUUGUGCAAUAUCGGCGGCUUGAACGGGGCCUCCGAGGGAUCCGCGGGGAGCCCUGACAGCCAGAACUUGCGCACGUCCCAAGACAAGUACGCGCUGAUACACCCCGCCGACGAUGAGAAGAGAUACGGACAGCCGUCGGCGAUGUACGCGCCCAGCGAUUACCAGAUACCGACAAUGGUCUCUUCCUUCGUGCCUCCGAGCCGUCCACAGAGGAAGCCUAAUCGUGGCAUAUUGCCGUGGCCUUCGCUAAAUUUACCAUCCGUGAGGGCGAGCGAACGAUUGAAGGAAGGAUUACAUCCUAAGGAAGUGGAAAGAGCGAUGAGUAAUCUCUUGAAGAAAUCUAUCAAGGAACUGGCGUCCGCGGACGAGGAUGGCGAUACGGCACUGAUGCGUCUGGUGGGCAAUCCGGACGAGCUGGCGAAGAAGAAAGCGUAUCUGGCGCCAUUGGUCGAAAGAUUGGGCAACAUGCCGGGCGCUCUGUCAAUGGUGAACAAUCGCGGCGAAGACGCCCUGUACUUGGCCGCGAUGAAUUGCCCGGAAAUGCCAUACGUCACCGGAUACCUGGCCGCAGCGAUGGUGCAGAAAGGGAUCGAUAUUACCCAGAAAUUAUAUCACAUACGCGGCGACACGCUGAUACACUCGGUCGCGGCACGUGGCGAUUCUCACGGGGACGUCUUGGCGGAGCUGCUGACACUGAGGACGCUGGAAGGAAACCCCGUGUUCGAUCUGACCAGGUGUAAUUACGACGGUAGGACCGCGCUUCACGUGGCGGUCGAGUCGCACGAUCCCAUCGGACGGGACGUCAAGUGCCUGGCGACGGCGCGGUUGCUUCUGGAGAACGGCGCGAGCGGCAGGGUCAAGGAGAGCAGGUGCGGUGACACCGCCUUACACACCGCGGUCUCGUUGACUUGCGAUCCCGCGCUCGUCAAGGUGUUGCUGUGCCAGGCGACUGCGGACAUCGUGAACGAUACCAACUACAUGUACAACACGCCGCUGCACAUGGCCGCAGCGGUUUCGAAUACCGUGAGCUUGGAGAGGCAGAAGGAGGUCUGCCUGCUCUUGGUACAGGCCGGAGGUCAGACGAACAUACAAAACCGACAGGGCAAGACGCCGUUGGCACUCGUGUCGGCCGAAAGGAAGGAGGUCAUCAAGAAGGUAUUCUACAAGAAAUCAUGAUAAAUACGGUGCGAAAGGGACGAGAGCCCGAGACAAUAAUGGCUGUCGCUGUCGCGGGCUGUCGCAAGACGUAAGACUGAUCUCUGUGUGAGAGUAAUUUAUGUAACUUUAGUAAUAUAUCGGCAAAAGUGCAAUCAACAAGAGUAUUCGAGAGCGUGAACUGUCGACUCCUUGUCGCUGCCCGCUCCGUCUCGUGCACAGUCGACGGAUCGAAGGUUGCGACGCUUCUUCUUCGAUGAAUUUUUUAUUAAUAAUUCUCGGGAAAUGUAAUCUGCCGACUGUACGAGGGAUGUGCGUUCGUCGAGCGAGUUCCCGAGAGACUGCGACUCAAACCGAGAGAGAGAGAGAGAGAGAGAGAGAGAAAGUACCGAUACGACACGCCACGAUUAUUGAUCGCACGAAAAUACCGAGGAAAUUGUCAUUGUCGACGACAUAACGACGUAUGUCGCUCGAGUUGCCAGGAGAACCGCGCGUUUCUUAAUCCUUUCGCUGCGUACGACAUACAUCACCGAAAAGCAGCUUCUCAAUUGUACACACGCCAUAAAUAUAUAUUCCACGUAGAAAUUUUCCCAGAUUUUCCCAUAUACAACGUAGAUUCCGAUUAUAAUAUACAAAGCUGCCCAAAAUAGGUUAUCUCACGAUACGAUACCAAUUGAGAAUUCCGUUCUUAUCCUACACCUGAGAACAAGCUUCUUUUCCUUAGCGCGCGCAUAGCGUGUGUGUACUUGUAAAGUGUAAAUAUUUAAAUCGUCUCAUAUAUUUUGCCCAGUCAUGGUGUAAAAUGAAAACCAGAAAAAUCUUUGGGAAAACGUUGAGGGUGACUAAAUAGGAUCUGUUUCCCACUUGGAGUCGUACUUGGAGUCGUUUGAAACACUACACUUCUAAUCAGAACCUACGUGGAUUUCUCAACUAGAAUCCAUAAUUAUCAUGGGAAGUCAGACUGAAUUCCAGUUAUAUCCUAAGAAAUUUUCUAUGUGGGGUGUCGUGGAAAAUCGUUAUUUACGGACGCUAUAUGUACAGUCGUGUAUGCUAUGCUAUUCCCUAAACGGAAAAUCGUACAAUUUUCAGUCUUAUACAUAUAUACAUAGACACAUAAUAACAUAUAAGGCAAAACCGUAAUAUAUAAAUAGAGGCAAAUAACUCUAUCGUUAUAAUAGAGUUACUUAUAGUUAGAAUUACUUAUACGAUUUUCAGCCUUAUGGGUUGUAUGCGAAACUGGAAAUAAUACAAUUUCCCAUCCAGAGAAUAGUCUAGCACACACGACUGUACGGCAUCUUGUCCAAAUUUUCUGAUUAAAAUUUCCUUUGUUGUAUUGUUCCACCUCAGUGUCACACAGCGCAGUCGAAUAUCAUGCAGCACGCAACGAGUACUUUUGAUUGGAGCGCGCCGCAGCGAGAGUCGUUAUUCGACUGCUCGGAAGUCUCACACGAGACACUUGGACUUGAGUUCAAAGUUGGAUGUGAGCCUCUCAAUCGAUUCGCGAUUACGAGUGUGGCACCAUGUUUGGUCGUAUGAUUCGAUCGGGAAACUCAGAUUUGAUUCUGAAUUCAGGCGUCAAAUCGUCGUGAGAUAAUUGUCGUAUUUUGUAAUGUCCUUUUGACGUGAGACAAAGGAUACGAUCUACUCGAAACUGCAAACGCUUUGAAGCGCUUAAAGGAAGAAUACGAUUGAUCUGUACGACGCUUCGAAGCAUUUGCAACGAGAAGUGAAUCCUACCCAAGGCCACGUAGCUGUGAGAACUAACGAUCGACCUUCUGCGAUUCUCUGAAACAGAAGGAAUAAAGAGUUGAAACCUGAUGAAGGAGGAGGAACAAUGCAUCAUGCGUAUUAACACGUUGACUGCCAACUCUACGAGAUAUGUCGUAGGUUGUUUACUUGCCCAGGACGCCAACUACGAGUUAU